AUGAACAGUGUGAGAGGAGGAAACCAUGGAAGGUUAAGCAUGAUUAACCAACUCCCAGAUGAAGUGUUGUCACACAUAAUUUCUUCGCUUUCCAUUGACGAAGCAGUGAGAAGCAGUGUCAUUUCCAAGCGAUGGGGACCCUUGUGGAAGCGUGCCUCUCGCCUGGAUUUUGACAAUAGACAUAUGAUAAAUCCCUUAUUUCAAAAUUCAUUAUCCAGAGAGCUAAGGUUUUUGGAUCCUAAUAAUGCUUCACAACAUGCUUACAUAUAUGCUAAAAUUGUGGAUCAGGUAUUGCAUCAGCAUCUUGGUGAUUUGACUACCUGUCGCUUUAAACACUUUCGUCGAAGCCUCUUGGUCGGUGAAGUUGAAAAAUGGGUUGAGUUUGUGAUAUUGAACAAAGGGUUAACCUCUCUCAGUUUAGAGUGUGAAUUAUCAAUUCCAGAGGUUGACCCUGUCUUAGUAGACCUGUCAAUUCCAAAUGUGAAAAUCAAUUUCAAACCUAAGAUUUUUUCAAACCUGCAUUCUCUUGAGUUGACCAAUUAUGUUUUGAAUAAUGCAGUAUCUUCAGCAUUCCAAAGUUGUGAAAAACUGACAAUGCUCAAACUAAAGAAAGUGUUUAUGAGAGCUGAAACCAUUAAUGGUGUUUUGGAUAAUUGCUUGUUUUUGGAGAAAUUUAGUCUCAUUGACUCAUUUGGGUUCAAGGAACUCAAAAUCAUGAAUACUAGAAUCAAAUAUUUGGAACUCCUAAGGUUGGUGGUUGAUGAGAUUGAUGUUUUUAUUGAGAACCUUCAAGUCUUGGUACUCAAUUCUUUGAUUUGCCCUCCAAAAGGUUUGAAAAUUUUCACCCCAAAACUCAAGUCUUUCUAUUAUGUUUACAAUGCACCAACUAAAAAAGUGCAGGCUAAUAACCCAGAAGUACGUGUUCUAAAAACUCAGGAUAUUUUUGAAAAUUGCAGCCAUCUUUUGGGAUCUCGAACCAUGAACAUUUUUCAAAAUCUAUUUGUCUUGUCAAUUGAUUUGGAUCUAAACAAUAUAAGGGAAAUUUUGUCACUCUCGUUCGUACUAAGAUCAUGUCUCUACCUCAAAAAUCUCGAAAUUACUGUUCCGGUGAAUAAAGUGUCAAAUUCCAAUGACGAUUCUGAUGAAGGAACUUUACCAUUUCCCAACUCAAUGUUUUGGGAGAGAGAAGGAAUAUCUUAUAAUUGCAUUAAUCACAAGUUGAAGUAUGCAACUAUUCGAGGAUUUAGAGGGAGGGAGCAAGAAGUUAAAUUUGCUAAGCAUCUGAUUACAAAUGGUAACAUGAUGGAAAAAAUGACCAUAAUUUGUGAUUCUGUGACCAUUGUUGAUGAGGCAAAAAGUCUACUGUCACUUCCAAGAGCUUCAUCUAGUCUCUCCAUCACCAUGGAUUUGAAAUUCAAGACUUCCAUUGUUUGA